AUGUCUGGAGUUUCUGAGACUAAAAGCUCACUGUGGUUCGAGUGGGACGACGCUACCUUGAAACGCAAAGCAAAUGCUACACAAUCUGAUAAUGCACAAGAUUACGCCGAUAGACACGCUGCAAGAGCUAUACGUAAGGGACGCAAAGAAUGGACAGAUGAAGAAGUGAUGAAAAAAGCCAGUGCUUCAAGAUAUGAUUAUGAGAAUUAUGAGGACAGACAUGUAGCAAAAGCUAUAAAUAAGAGGGACCGCAACGAUGCCAGUAGAGAGGCCCACGAGAAGGCCGAAACGGCAAUGGCAACCUUAUCAAUAAACGGUCCUCCAAGUCUUCCUAGGGACAGAGGAACUGCAUUUAAGGACGCAAUAUAUUAUGACGAUCUGAAGAGUGGAAAAGAACCACAAAAGCGCAAGCCGAAGGUUCCUCUAGAUGCGAGCCAACUUCCAAGUGGAAGCGGUAAUAAAUCGAGAGCAGAUAACGAGGGAGUCCAAGGAAGGGACGGCCGCGGUAGUGAAAGAGAAAAAGGCAAGCGCAAUCGGUCUGCCAGCGCCUCUAGAACCAGAGAUUCGUUGAAAAAACCUGCCACUGCCAGCUCUUCAAGCUCUAACAAACCUUCUACUGCUACCUCUUCAAAUCUUACUCAGCCUCGCAAUGCCAGCUCUUCAAACCCCACCGGCGGAACAGAACCUAAACCUAUGACCGACUACCCAUACACACAGAACAAGGAAGGUCGUUACAUAUGCACAAGAAAAGGCUGUGAAACCAAGAGUUACUCUGAGAGGUCAAGAUUUCGAUCGCAUUACGACACUAAACAUACGCACAGUGCAAAGCUAUACUAUUGCGAGCUUGGCGAGGUAUGUAGAGAGGAACCAUUCGAUCGUCACGAUUCAUACAUCAAACAUUUGAGAUCGAACCGUCAUCAAGAAAAACAGGCAGAACAUGAUGAUAAAGUAAACAAAAACAAUAACAAGUAA